AUGCUCGCCCAGGCUUUAGCGCUCUCUCUGGUCCUUCCAGUUCUUGUGUCUGCUGGUAUUUUCCCUCCUGGAGGGCCAGUAAAGAUGCUUCAGGACACUGUAUUUCGUAAGACACUGAAAGAUGAAAAGACUUCUGUGGUAGCGUUUGUCGCUCCAUGGUGUGGACAUUGUAAAAAUUUGAGUCCAGAAUACUCCAAAGCAGCCCAGUCACUCUCUCCGUUAAUCGACUUUUAUGCCGUCGACUGCGACGCGGACGAGAAUAAACGUUUAUGCGCUGAACAAGGUGUCAAGGGUUUCCCAACGGUCAAGUCUUUUCCAAGGGGGUUGAAGGGCGCGUCUCACGAUUAUCAUGGCGAGCGAACGGCAGCGAGCAUCGCCAGCUGGGCUGGUAGUGAAGUGCCUGCACGCGUUACGACGCUGAAAUCCAUUGACGCGGUUAACAAGUGGUCCGAUAAGGACAUUACUGAACCCCGUGCGCUCCUCCUGACAACCCAAUCCAAGAUUCCAGUCCUAUGGAAGGUCCUCGGUUCACGUUUCUACAAGGACAUCUCAUUUGGUGCCACCAAAGACGAGUCUGGGUCCAUAACGAAAUCCCUAGGACUAGGCGAGUGGGAGUUAGACAUCAAAUCGAAGGUUGCAAUCUGGAAGAAAGGUGCAAAGAAACCCACGCUUUAUGAUGGUAAGUCCUUGUUAUGAGCAACUCUUCACCCUUAAAUGUGAACUGACACCCGUUUGCCUUUCUCCAUCCUGCACGUUCGGUAGGGAAAUUGAAAUUCG